GUGGCCUCCGGCCUCCAUCGCUUCCUGUGCUCUGGCGGCUCUGUCUACCCCGGGUUCCGUCUGCCUACUUGCCUCAGAUCCGACUCUCGGCCGCGAUGCUGGCGCUGCGCUGCGGCCCCCGCCUGCUUGGUCUGCUCUCCGGCCCGCGCUCCGCGCCGCUUCUUCUCUCCGCGGCACGCGCCUGCAGCAGCAGCAGCAGCAGCGGCGGAGCCCGCGACCCGAGCUCCUCCGGAAACCCACUCGUGUACUUGGAUGUGGGCGCCGAUGGGCAGCCGCUCGGCCGCGUGGUGCUGGAGCUGAAGGCAGAUGUUGUGCCAAAGACAGCCGAGAACUUCAGAGCUCUGUGCACUGGUGAGAAGGGUUUUGGUUACAAAGGCUCCACCUUCCACAGGGUGAUCCCUGCCUUCAUGUGCCAGGCUGGCGACUUCACCAACCACAAUGGCACGGGAGGGAAGUCCAUCUACGGAAGCCGGUUUCCUGAUGAGAACUUCACGCUGAAGCACGUGGGGCCAGGCGUCCUGUCCAUGGCGAAUGCAGGCCCCAACACCAACGGUUCCCAGUUCUUCAUCUGCACCAUAAAGACAGACUGGCUGGAUGGCAAGCAUGUUGUGUUCGGCCACGUCAAAGAGGGCAUGGAUGUCGUGAAGAAAAUCGAGUCUUUUGGCUCAAAGAGUGGAAAGACAUCUAAGAAGAUUGUCAUCACGGACUGUGGCCAGUUGAGCUAACCCGUGGCCAGGGUGCUAGGAUGGUAGCAGCCCACCCACGUGUUGACUCACCCAGGGCCUCUGAGCUUUCCUGAAGAACUAUCUGUGCCCAUGUUCCCUAGUGAGCAUGAGGAAGGCUUCCCUGGAACACUGUCCUUUGCAGGACCCAGCAGGCUGCACCCAGCGUCCUCCCUUCCUCCUGGUCCUGUUUUGGAGCAUCAGUGCGGCCACGGGCUACACCCCCCUCAACGAGUGUUCCCUGUGAUUGACUAGCCUUCAUUCAUGUGUGCCUUGGACCUUGGCAUUGGUAAUGGUUAGCAUCCAGGGAAGGACUCUGCCCUUUUCAUUGACCAGUGGGGACAACGGUUGCUGUUUAAUGUUGUCUUCCUCUUUGCAAUAAUCUCCUGUAUGAGAUUGGUAGACAUGAAGCUGUGACGUUAACUGCACCGUGCUGUGUGUGACUUGAGUUGGCACAGGCCACUCCCCCAAGGCUUCUGAAACAUCACUCAGGGCUUUUGUGAAAAUUCCCAAGACCAGUAACCCCUGGUUAUUGUGAAUCCUGCUGGUUCCCUGCUGUCAUUUUUAAAGAGAGCCUGUAGAGUAGAAGCAGUUGGACCUGGGAACAAACCUCCUGCAAGCUAGGUCUGCUCAAUGUGAAUUCCUGUGUUGGAAAUGGCCCUGUGCUCAGGAGUAAAGCACCCUGGUGGACUUUGUUUUUUCUGUGUUGAAUAAAUCCAAUCUAUUGAUAUAUGUAAAAGAUUUCUGGAAUAUUCAUUUGUUCACCUUAAAUUUAUUACCUUAAAUGUGAUAAUAAAUCUUAUUUUCUAUAAAACUGG